AAGAUCAGUAAGAUAGACUAUCAGGAGAAAGCGUUUUUGGAAGCGAUGAAAUUAUAUUUGGAACACACAAAAGGAUCAAACAUCACGAAUGAUGGCAUCCACGAAAAUUAUAUGAGACGCGCGGAAGAAUCGCUAAACAACACAGAUGACAAGAUCCCAGAAAAAUAUAUGAACCACAGAGAAGAGACAUCGAACAACGAUUGUGAUGAAGGCUUCGAAAAUUCCAAAACCUCCUUGAAACUAUUACCUAAAUUUUACAAUUGGGUUUUAAAAACCUUUGGAGCUGACGCCGAAAUCACGAGAUUCUGUUUUGAUGAUAUUCUUAAAACUCGGAUUAGCAUCGAUAGACAGCUUGCGCAAGAACCAAACGCCGAAAUACCUGAUGGGUGGACAAAAUGUUCGUAUGAGGCUGCAUUAAACAUCUGGAAAUUAUACUGCGAGGGUGGUGUACCUUUUCAGCAAAGACACGUAUUGCGCUUGUCUCAAGCGACUCACGAGGAUAUUCUCCGUCCACUGUUUAAGAGAUUUCUGCCAAAAUUAUUCAAAAUGAAGAUCAUUGAUUAUAUGGAGAUCGAAGAUCCAAAUAUUCCGUUCAGUAACGCCACCAACAACCAAAAUGUCGAGGGUCAAAAUGAGGAAACAAAAGGAAACAUAACAUCUCCUAUUAACUGUAAUUAUAGUAGCCCUCCCUCGAAACAAGAUUAUAGGGCAUCCGAGUCAGAAGUUUUCGACAGCAUGUCAGAAGCAUGGUUUGGACUCCUUGCAAAUUUGAAGGAUCAUUUGAUGGUAUCUAACGAUAGAUCUCUUGGAACAAAAGAGUUCAGGCAGCAUUUAGAAACUUUUAUGGACGAACUUGAUGAAUCUCAGUUUAAAAAUGGCAAGAGAAAUCAAAUAGACUCAACGAUCAAACAAGCAAGAAAAAAAUUGAGAAAUAAUGCUAUUCUUUAA